AUGAAUGGCGUUACAGGGUCGAAUGAAAUUUUUUUAAAACGAAAUAUCAUUCGAGCAAAACGAUUUAUCAGACAAAGUUGGACUUAUAGCAGAAUUUAUAACCAAAUUCGUGACGAAUAUGGCAAUUAUAUUAUACCUUAUGUGAUAAGCGGUCCUUAUGGUGCUCAUCAAUAUGCGGUGAUUUAUGGUGCAUUUCAAGCGAUCGCUAGAAAUACUUGCAUAAGAUUUAAGCCAAGGACAUUCGAAACGAAUUUCAUUGAUCUACAAAAUAGAUACGGAGAAGGAUGCUGGUCAUGGAUUGGAAAACGUGGUGGACAAAGUGUGGUGAAACUGGAAUCAAGCAAUCUUCAAAAUUGUGUUAGGCAUCAAACCGUCAUGCAUGAAUUGUUUCAUGCAAUUGGUUUAAGCCAUGAACAUGUUCGAGCAGAUCGCGAUCAAUUCGUUAGAAUAAUUUAUAGUAAUAUUAGGCCAGACUGUUUAUAUAAUUUCGAGAAGAGAAAUUCUCAAACAUUUGGCUUUCCAUAUGAUUAUCAAAGUAUUAUGCAUUACAAUAAAUUUAUGUGCCAAAGGACCAGAGGAGCCAUUACAAUAUCAGCGCCUUAUCAUUUCAUGAACAUAAUCGGUAUCGGAAAUGAUGCAAGCCCAAUUGACUACUACAAAGUAUGCGCACUUUACAAUUGUCAUUAUUGCAUGGGUCAACGUUUUAACCUUGCAGAAGUAGUUAGAGCAGUACAAGCUCGUGCAGUUAGAAUAUGA